AUGGUGGACAUUGAGGAGAAGAAGAGGGCGAAAUUGGAACGGCAGCAGCGGGAGGAGGAGGAGCGAAGAAAGAAGAAGGAGGAGGAGGCAGCAAAGAUGAAGGCCAUGGCACAGGCGACUGGCGGUGCUGUUGGUAAGGAUGGUGCUGCUGGCGAGGAUGCAAGCUGGCUUGCCAAGGACAUUGUUGUCAAGAUCAUCAACAAGACGCUCGCUGACGGCAAAUACUACAAACGCAAGGGAUACGUCAAGAGUUUGGCUGAUGCGUACACGGCGAAUGUGCGACUGCUUGACUCCAAGACCACGCUGCGAUUGGAUCAGGCGUAUCUGGAGACGGUGAUCCCAAGUGUUGGCGGACACGUGCUCAUUCUCCACGGGCCCCACGCCAACUGCCUCGGCAAGUUGAAGGACAUUGACUACGACAAGUUCAGUGCGGACAUCAAGGUGCUGGAGGGCAGUGGUAAGGGCACGCGCGUCAUGCUGCCCUACGAGCACUUCAGCAAGUUCUACGAACCAAAGGCAUAGCCGUCGCACUCUUUCUGUGUGUAUGUGUCUGUGUCUGUGUCUGUGUCUGUGUCUGUGUAUGUGUGCGCGCGUUUUUUUGUUUUGUUUUUGCGUGCUGCACACACGUCUGUUGACAUUGAUGUCCAUAUUGCUACUUGUUAUCUUCGCUGCCCGCUUUUAUUGCCUGUGCUUGCGACACCAAUGCCAACGCCAUCGUAGCACGUGCGAAUAUACGAUAUCCGACGCAACAACACACGCGCUCUGCAGUCGGUCG